AUGGAUUAUGAGGAAUUUGAUUUCUCGUUUGGCUCUCCUUAUAUGAACCAACUCCAUGAGUGUUGCUUAGAAAAUGCAUUCCCAUUUCAAACAGAAGAUAUAUCAUCACCAAAUACCAUAAUGGAUGAAAUGUUUGGUGAAGAGUCUAUGGAGGGCUUGCUUCUGCAACACACAAACAACCAGGACUUUGGUUUCAUGAAUCACAAUGAUCCACCAGAGAUUGAACUCUGUGAUGGAUUUGGUUCUAGCCCUGAGGAAAAUGUGCAUGUUUCAAUGGAAGAAGAAGAAGAAGGGGAUUGUUAUUUGAAGGGAAUCCAAGCAGAGGUGAUGGAACAGACUAGUUUAGCUGAUCUUCUGUUAACAGGAGCUGAAGCUGUUGAAGCACAAAACUGGGACCUUGCUUCAGACAUAAUUGAGAAACUCAACAAUGCAUCAUCUUUAGAAAAGGGUGAUGGUCUGUUGAACAGGUUGGCUUUUUUCUUUGCUCAGGGUCUGUAUUAUAAAAGUACAAAUGCCCCUGAACUGUUGUUGCAGCGUGGUGCUGUUUCUACACACAGAGAUGCUUUCUGUUUGUUUCAGAUUCUCCAAGAACUAUCUCCAUAUGUGAAAUUUGCUCAUUUCACGGCAAACCAAGCAAUCUUAGAAGCCACAGAAGGUGUUGAGAAUGUUCACAUCGUUGAUUUUGACAUCAUGGAGGGAAUCCAGUGGCCACCCUUGAUGGUUGAUCUUGCAAUGAGGAAAAACAGUACUACUUCCCUUAGAGUAUCGGCGAUCACAGUGGACCAGAGAGGUGCUGCUUCUGCUGAACAAACAGGAAGAAGGCUGAAAGAGUUUGCAGCUUCUAUAAACUUUCCAUUUACGUUUGAUCAAAUGAUGAUGGAAAGAGAAGAAGAUAUUGAAGGAAUUGAAGUUGGUGAAACAGUGAUAGUGAACUGUAUGAUAGACCAGUGGAUGCCUAAUAGGAGUUUCUCACUGGUGAAAACGUUUUUGGAUGGUGUGACGAAACUGUGGCCGAGGCUUGUGGUUUUGGUGGAAGAAGAACUGUUUAAUUUUUCAAGGCUGAAAUCAAUGUCCUUUGUGGAGUUCUUCUGUGAGGCUUUGCAUCACUACAGUGCAGUUUGUGAUUCACUUGGUAGUAGUGUGUGGGGUAGCCACAAGAUGGCGUCGAGGCUGAUAGAGAAAGAGAUUUUGGGGCUCAGAAUAUUGGACAGUGUGAGGCAGUUUCCUUGUGAGAGAAAUGAGAGAAAGGUUUGGGAAGAAGGGUUUUAUUCAUUGAAAGGGUUUAAAUGUGUUCCUAUGAGUAGUUGUAAUAUUUCACAGGCUAAGUUCUUGGUGAGCCUCUUUGGUGGAGGGUAUUGGGUCCAAUUCGAGAAGGGUAGGUUGGCCUUGUGUUGGAAGUCACGGCCUUUGACUGUGGCUUCAAUAUGGGUACCCAAGGGUUAUUCCAGUCAAAAAGUCAAUUAG